AUGGCAUCACAAUCAUUAAAACAUUUUGGCAAUCAACCAUUGUCUCAGUGUCUAUCAGAAAUGAAUCCUCCACUUGAUUUUACAACACUGUCAGCAAUAGUUAUAGUCAUUGUACGUAAAGGUCAACAUAAACUAAAACAACAAUUUGAACAUGAUAGAAAGAUGUUAAAGUUAGACUCAACAGAUCAUCGAUUAGUACAAAAUGUUUAUCAUUUCAAACCUAAUAAACAACAAAUUCUUUCUGUUCGUAACAUAUGA